AUGACAGGGAUUAUAGCAGUAUACUCUCCAGAGUCAUCUAGCAACUAAAUUACUGGUGAUCACAUAUUUGGCUCAUACUAGCCCUUUAGCCGUGGACUAUUGAUUACUAACUACGACAAAAGAAUUAAAAAAAGAUAAAAAGAUUACAGAGUGGGUAAAAAAUUAGAAAGGAUGGAUGGAAAAAAUAAUAUCUAGAUAUCCAGAUUUAAUAUGAAAUCUAAAUGA